AUGGCUGCCUUCCUUCGAGUCAAACGUAUCACCAUCAUGUCCACUCCCUUCAUCCUCACCGUAACCGGCGAGUCCACCAUCCCCCACCCCGCCGAGCGCGCCCUCCUCAACAUCUCCGUCGAAACCUCCGGCCCCAACAAAGCCUCCGUCUCCGACUCCGUCCUCACCACAGCCAAACACCUCGAAUCCCUGCUCCGCUCGCUCUCCCCGGCUUCUGAGUCAGACGAAGACAAAGCCGCCUCCCCGCUCGCCCACUGGAGCAAGACUGGUCUGACAGCGACAAGCCACAUCCCCUACAAAGACGACGGGACCGCGGAGCCUCGCCAGUUCGACGGGAGUAUCACCUUCGAUAUCCGCUUCAAAGACUUCGCCGCCCUGGGAGCUUUCGGCGAAAAACUCUCCGCCCUCCCGCACGUCGAAGUGAAAGGCGUACACUGGAUCCUCACUCCCGCGACCGAGAAAUCCUUCCGUUCCCGGCUUCGGCGGGAAGCUGCGCAGGAUGCUUUGGAGAAAGCGAAGGACUACGCCGAGGUGCUCGGAUGCUUUGACGUGCGCGCGGUGGAGUUGACGGAAGGGGGAGAGGGGAUGAGUGGGAUGGGGAGGGCGACGCAGUCGCUCGGGCCGCGGACGAGGCAGUUGGCGAGGAAGGGAGGGAGGGAUGAGAGUCCGUUGGAGUUUCAGCCUGAGGAGGUGCGGAUGGGGAUGGAGGUGGAGGUGAAGUUUCAUGCGACGUGA